GAUCGCGAGAAGAAACGGGGCAAAAGGGUGCGGUCGCGAGGCCCAGCGACGAAAAGUUACCCUCUCAUCCUCCCGUUCUGCGUUCUCUGUUUCUCCUCCAAUUCUAGGUUUUUUUUGCCCUCUCUCCCCCUCCCUCUCUUUCUUUCUUUUCCAUCUCCUCCCUCCUCCCACUUUUCCCCGCGAUUUCUGUUCCCCUAAUAUAUCUGAGGUUUCUAUUCGGACUAGGGUUCUGAAGCCCCCUUGAUCCAAGUUCCCCUGUUGGCCAAAUCCUUGAACAAAUUCGCGGAUUCUUGCUCGCCUUCUUUCUAGUCUUCCAUCUUCUUUUCUUGAUUUGGAGGUGCCGAUAUUAGCGUCUGUAUUGUUAGUAUUGGAUUGUGGGGUCUCCAAUUUGGGACCGGGAGGCCCUUCCGUUCGUGCUGGUCUUCGUCUUAAAGUUUCUUGAUGAGGAGCUGGGGUUCUUGAUGUUUACGCCGCAGAGAAAAGGGUGGUCGCCUUCGCCAAGGUAUGGCGAUGGGGUCGACAAUAGGAUGACGACCCCUGCGGUGAACACUAGGACUGGCAGUGGAGUAGCCUUCUUGAAGGGCAAGGGGAAGAGCGCGGUGGAGGCGCUGCCUCCGCCACCUCCACUGCAGGCUUUACUUGGAGAGAAUGGCAGCAUUGGGGUUGUGGAUCAAGGCGAUGCGGAGGUAUGGCGGAGUUUCAGAGAGGCUGGACUGCUGGAUGAGUCUAGCCUGCAGAGGAAGGACAGGGACGCUCUCGUUCAGAGGAUUUCAGAACUGGAGAAGGAGCUUCACGAAUAUCAAUACAACAUGGGUCUUCUUUUGAUUGAGAAGAAGGACUGGGCUUCGAAGUAUGAAGAAAUUCGUCAAGCACUUGCAGAAGUAGAUGAAACUCUAAAAAAGGAAAAAUCAGCAUGCUUGGCUUCCAUUUCUGAAUUUGCAAAACGAGAAGAGAAUUUGCAGAAGGCCUUGGGAGUUGAACAACAGUGUGUCUCAGAUCUCGAAAAGGCUUUGCGUGAGAUGCGUUCUGAACUUGCAGAAGUCAAGUUUACAUCUGAUAAGAAGUUAGAUGAUGCCCAUGCCCUAGAAAUCGGAUUAGAAGAAAAAUAUUUGGAAGUUGAACAAAAGUUGCAUGCCGCAGAUGCCAAGCUAGCAGAAGCAAGUCGUAAAAGUUCUGAUGUUGACAGAAAAUUGGAGGAUGUGGAAGCUCGUGAACAUAAACUUCAAAAAGAGUAUCUCUUAUUUGAUUCUGGACGGAAGUUACAUGAAAAGGACAUUACUGAACAAAGAGAACACCUGCGUGACUGGGAACAAAAGCUUCAAGAUAGUCAGAAGAGGCUUGUUGAGACGCAGAGGUAUCUUAACGAAAGAGAGGAUCGAACUAAUGAGGCAGAUAGGGUUCUUAAGAAGAAAGAAGCAGAUGCUGAAGAGGCUCGGAAGAUGAUUGAAGCCACCAAAAAGUCUUUGAAGACAAAAGAAGAAGAAAUUACAAAAAGACUUGGUUCUUUAGCUGCCAAAGAAAAGGAAGUAGAUGUUAAGGUUGAAAGCCUGGAGAAUAAGGAAAAAGACUUGAUUUCAAGAGAAGAAAAACUUAAUGCUAGAGAAAGAGUUGAGAUUCAAAAGCUUCUUGAUGAUCACAAUUUGUUAAUAAGCUCCAAGAAAGAGGAGUUCGAGUUAGAUUUAGAGAAAAGGAGAAAAUCUUUGAGUAAGGAGAUAGAAUGUAAAAUACGUGAAGUGGAGAAGAAGAGAAGGGAAAUUGACAGUAUGGAGGAGCAAAUCACAAAAAGAGAACAGGCUUUACAAAUGAACUUGCAAAAAUUGAUGGAUAAGGAGAAAGACGUCGAUUUAAAAUCAAAUGAUUUGAAGAAGUGGGAGGAAUCUGUCCAAAAUGAUGAAAAGAAAUUGGAGAAAGAAAGGCAACAACUGGCUAGUGAUAGUGAGGAGUUUCUGAAGUCUAAAUCUGAUCUUGAGAGCUUAAAGGCUGCAAUCGAAUCAAGGAAAGAACAAAUUAUGAAGGAAGAAGAAAAUCUUAGGCUGACCAAGGGAGAGAGGGAAGAACAUCUACUGCUGCAGUCCAAUUUGAAGCAAGAAAGUGAGGAUUGCAGGAUAUUGAAGGAAUCACUUCUUCGAGAUACCGAGGAUCUACAACAGCAAAGGGAGAAGUUUGAAGAAGAAUGGGAAGUGCUAGAUGAGAAAAGGUUAGCAUUAGAAGCAGAGAGAAAGAAAUUUAAUGAUGAAAGAGAGAAGUUUGAAAAAUGGCGACAUGAUGAAGAAGAAAGGCUGAACAAUGAGGCUCUGGUAGCAAGAGCUAAUUUUGAGAGGGAAUUGGAGGAACUAAAUCAGAAGACAGAAGCCUUUGGGGAAAUAAUGGAGCAUGAGAGGUUGGAGGCCCUUGAGGUGCUCAAGCGGGAACGAGCUGAUAUGGCUCGAGAACUCGAGCUUUGCAAGCAUGAGCUUGAGAUGGAUAUGCAGAAAAGACAGGAGGAUACGGAGAAGAAAUUGCUUGAUAAAGAGAAUGAUUUUCAGAGAAAAAGGGAUUUGGAUUUUAACCAAAUGAUAUCUUUGAGCAGUUCAAAUGAUUUAAAGAUUCAGAAGCUAAAAAUGGAAGAAGAUCGAUUAGAAAGAGAAAAAGAAGAUCUCUCUUCGUACAGAAAAAGGCUGGAAAUUGACCGUCUUGAGAUUCAGAAGGACAUUGAUGCUCUUCGGAUGCUUAGCAGGAAUCUUAAAGAACAAAGGGAGGAAUUUAUGAAGGAGAAAGAACGCUUUUUGGCUCAGGCUGAGCAGAAGACAUGCAAAAACUGUGGGCUUUUAGUUGGUGAUUUGGACACUUUCUGCAUCCAAGAUGCAGGAGAUGUUCAACUACCAAACCUGGGUUUUGAAGAGCAUCUGAAUGACACAAAUGCUGAGACUACUAAUGCUAAGGUUUCUCCUGCAGCUUCUGGUGGCCGCAUGUCAUGGCUGCAAAAAUGUUCAAGACUUUUUAACCUUUCUCCUGGGAAAAAGGUUUUGGAUUCUUCUCAGCAUCCACUGGACAAUUCUAAUCUUUAUUCAAGUCUCGACAGAGAAGCUUUUGAUGGUGAAGCCAGCCAUAAACCUGCAGCAUCCUAUGGUGUUGUUGAUUCUUCUGACAGCCAGAGGGCCCAAUCUGUUACUGGGAUAGGAGACAAUGUAGAAUCUAAAAGGCUAUGUGGAGUUGUAGAGGAGCCAGAACCUUCUUUUGAAGUAGCAAAUAAUUCUAUUCAUAUUAUGAGGACCCAGACCCAGAUGGAUAAUGGUGUCAGGGAUGUAGUAGACCAGCUGGCUAUGCCCUCUGUUUCUCUUAAUGAUAGAGAAAAAUAUGCACCUGCUGGAAGUGACAACCUACGCGUGUCUUUCAAACAAAGACAAUCUCAACCUGGCAGGAGAGGAAGGCCAAAAGCUGUAAAGAGAACACACACCAUUAAGGCAGUUGUUAAAGAUGCAAAAGCUAUCCUUGAGCAGAGUUCUGAUGAGAAGAAUCAUGGACCACAUAAUGGGGAAGCAAAAGAUCCUGUAAAUGCCCCAGAGAAUAUCCAAGGAGAUUUAGUCCAUUCUACUAGGACGGUGAGAAGUGCAGGGCGGAAGCGGCGUGUUGCUCAGACAUCUGGAGUGACAAAUAGUGAUCCGGAUGCUGAGGAUAGUGAGGCACACUCUGAGAGCAUUUCACUUGGAGGACACCGCAAAAGGAGGCAGAUAUUGGCUUCUGCAGUUCCUGUAGAGAAGCGCUACAAUUUCAGACGGUCAACAAUUGCAGCUACCACUACUGCAGCUCAAACAAUGUCUGAUCAGACUAAAGGAUUUAAGGCUGGCUAUGAUCGACAAUUAACUGGAAAUGAGAUACUGAAGGAAAUUGGUGGUGAAGGAUCCUCUAGACCUGCGGUUGAACCUGUGUCAGAUGUUGUUAAUAGCAUAAUAGCAUCAAAUAUGCUGCAAAAGACAGCUGCGGUAGGUAUCGCAGAAGUACGUGAGAUAUCCUCCCAGAAGAUUGUUCAAGCAGAGAGUAAUGAUGAUACUGUGAAAUCAGUUGAAGUCAGCUAUCAGAGUGGAGAAGAUGGGCAUAUUCUGGAUGAUGCAGCCACUGGAAGCAGACCAGCAACUCCUUCAGAUGAUGAGGAUGAGGAUGAGGAGGAAUGCGAGCAACAGAAUGCUUCAGUGGGGAGGAAGCUCUGGACAUUCUUCACAACGUGAUGGUUCCAUAUUGCACAGGCUAUCAUGUGUUGGAAUCUAAAUGUCCAGGUUCAGUGUAGAUUUGUCUAACACGUCUAAUCUGUAUUCUAUCAUCGGAACUCGUUUUUUGCUUUGUUUGUUUGGAAUGGGUGUUUGAUUGACCUACUCUUUUGAAUUUAAUUGGUUUUCAAGUCCGACCGACCAAUAGGGGGCGAUGAUUAGAAUCAACCUACACUUUGGUAGUGAUGAGAAGCGUGGAUGCUUUUUAGGACAUGGUUAUCUAUUCCGGUCGGGGUGUGCUAUGGAUUCUUGAACUAAAGAAUUAUUAUGUUUGCUUUUGCGUAGUUGUAUUCUUC